UAAAGAUUUAAUUAACCUCCUUUUCUUUUUUUUGUGAUGAGUAGCUGGUUGUAUUUGUUUACUCUUUCUUUAAUGGCUACUUUUGUAGCCACUUCUCCUAUCGAAAAGCGAGAUGGUACUGCUUAUAACUACUGGACAAUGAAGGCAUGGGGUGCCAAUUUGGGUAACUGGCUCGUUCUCGAACGAUGGAUGGACUCGACCAUCUUUGACAAAUACGCUCCCAACGCCCAAGAUGAAUGGACUUUCUGUCAGCAAGCAUCCAAUCCUGCUCAAGCCUUGCAAGACCAUUGGAACAGCUGGGUUACUGAAGAUGAUUUUAAGAAACUUGCAAGUGUCAAAGCAAAUCACGUUCGUAUCCCUGUUGGUUACUGGGCCUUUAUCAAACCCGACGCCGGUGAACCUUAUGUGAGCACUGGUCAAAAGGCCCAGAUUGAACGUAUUCUAGGUUACUGCAAUGCAUAUGGACUCUACGCUAUCAUCGACUUGCAUGGUCUUCCUGGUUCUCAAAACGGUGAAGCGCACUCGGGACAUAUCGGCUCUAUUGACUUUUACUCAUCAUACAAUAUCCAAAGAGGCCUCAAGACUGUCCAAGCGGUUGUCGACUGGAUGAAUGGUCUCAAUCCGACCCUAAAGAGCAGAAUUGCUUCCAUUGAAUCGGCUAAUGAACCUCGUACAAAUGACUCUCAGCUUGCUAUUCUCAAAGACUACUAUCAAAAGGCUUUCAAUAUCAUCAAUGCUUCUCCCUUCAAAGUCCCCAUGAUGUUCCAUGAUUCUUUCAAGGGCCUCAAUGCUUGGAAAGACUUUUUACCUGUUCCAGCAAAUGCUGUGAUCGAUCUUCAUCCUUACUAUGCUUUCCCUCCUAACAAUGAUCGUAACUCGAUCAUUAGUGGUAUCUGUAACACAAAGUCUGGCGCAUCUAGCUUUCAUCUGCCUGUCUUAUUUGGUGAAUGGUCUUUGGCUUCAGGUGCAGCUAGUGACGACUGGUGGUUGAGACAAAUGAUGGAUACUCAAAUCUCUGUCUACAAAGGUAGUGGUGCAGGUGGUACCUUCUGGGCUCUCAAGAACAACAUCAACUCCAAUGUCUGGUCCUUUGAACAACUGGUUGACCAAGGUAUUAUCAAUGAUGGUACCUUUUCCUUACACACCAAUUCACAGUGCUAGAGCACUAUGUUAUAAUAACUUAUAUGUCAUUUUGACCAAAUCAAAUAA